CUCAUGAAGGCGUGACAUUUUGUCUACCUUCUCCUUGCUGUAUUCUUACUUCUUUAAAAAAAUAAAUAUCUAUCAAGAGCGUUUUAUGCCUUGUAUCAUACAGAUGUCAUCAGGAAAAACGAACCAUUCUGAAAUGGGGACAGGUCCCUAUGUCAGAGGUGCUUCAGACUUUGAUUUACCAGCCCCAAACUUGUGAUAGUGCAGAAACUAAAAAGAUAGGCAUCUUUUUAUAUUUUUAUGGCAGUCAGCACAUCGGCCAUCUGCGAUGCCAGACACCUGGAGUCGGGUAAGCCUAUUAACAAUCAUACAUUCAGUGCUCACUUUUCUAGACAAGAAGUCUGUGCCAACCAGGCUGGGACAGUCUCGCCCUGAAACAGAGCUGUAAAAUGGCAUUGUUCCUGGUGACCUGCAGUUCCCAAAGCAUUCUUUAGUAACGAACAUCCUAAUCAAUUGCACUUAAAUUAUCAAAUUUUAUACAUCUAAGCUUUUCUGUUUGUUUGGGCCAGGACUUGUGAUGCACGUACCAGGAUUUUGCAUCCAGAUAUCCCGAGUAGUCCAAGAGCUUCCUCUACUGAUGUAACAAAAAUCCCAGGCUUAAAAACUAGUUGUUUCUUUCUAAAAUAGUCUGUAACUUCAGCUGUAGUGCACGUUCCGCCUGUUUGGGAUAGAUAAUUGUCCCAAUAUAUAUCAACUAAUUUUUUUUUAUUUCUUAGGGAACCCUCGUGAGCUGCAUCAUGGGAGCAGUGGUAGUUGAUGAUGGUCCGUCUGGUGUCAAAGCUCCUGAUGGAGGCUGGGGCUGGGCUGUCCUUUUUGGCUGUUUUAUCAUCACAGGAUUCUCCUAUGCCUUUCCAAAGGCAGUCAGUGUCUUCUUCAAAGAACUUAUCCGGGAAUUUGGCGUUGGAUACAGUGACACUGCAUGGAUUUCCUCCAUUCUGUUGGCCAUGCUGUAUGGAACAGGUCCGCUCUGUAGCGUGUGCGUCAAUCGCUUCGGCUGUCGCCCGGUCAUGUUGGUAGGUGGCCUUUUUGCCUCCAUGGGGAUGGUGAUAGCCUCCUUCUGCACCAGCAUCGUUCAGAUCUAUCUCACCGCAGGGGUGAUCACUGGUUUGGGUCUGGCACUCAACUUUCAGCCUUCGCUCAUCAUGUUAAACCGUUACUUUGACAAACGCCGACCCUUGGCCAACGGGCUGUCUGCUGCUGGGAGCCCAGUGUUCCUUUGUGCCCUUUCACCACUGGGGCAGAUACUGCAACACGAGUAUGGUUGGAGAGGAGGAUUCCUCAUACUGGGUGGGAUGCUGCUCAACUGUUGUGUAUGCGGAGCACUAAUGAGACCUCUGGAGCCACCCAAAAAAUCUGAAGCUACCAAAGAACCUGCUGAGAAGAAAGCAAAGAAAAAACUCCUGGAUUUCAGCGUGUUUAAAGAUGGUGGUUUUGUGAUCUACACGCUAGCAGCAUCUAUCAUGGUGCUCGGCCUCUUUGUUCCCCCAGUUUUUGUUGUGAGUUAUGCCAAGGAUUUAGGGUAUCAGGACACCAAAGCAGCUUUUCUUCUGACGAUUCUGGGAUUUAUUGAUAUCUUUGCUCGUCCAAUUUGUGGAAUGGUAGCUGGUCUCAAGUGGGUUAGACCACGUUGUGUCUACCUCUUCAGUUUUGCUAUGAUUUUUAAUGGCUUUACAGAUCUCAUGGGCUCCAUGUCUGUUGAUUACGGUGGCCUGGUGGUCUUCUGCAUUUUCUUUGGCAUUUCUUACGGAAUGGUAGGUGCUCUUCAGUUUGAAGUUCUCAUGGCUAUUGUUGGCACUCAGAAGUUUUCCAGUGCUAUUGGCUUGGUGCUCCUGGCAGAAGCGAUGGCAGUUCUCAUCGGUCCACCGUCAGCAGGAAAGCUCUUGGAUCUAACACGGAGGUACAUGUUUGUCUUUAUUAUUGCUGGAAUUGAAGUUACCACUUCAGCGCUGGUACUGGCCUUGGGAAAUUUCUUCUGCAUUAAGAAAAAGCCAGAAGAACCACACACAAAAGAAGCAGCAGCAGAAAGAGAGGAAUUAAACAAAUCUGAAGACAAAACUCCUGAGGAUGCCAAGGUGGACUCUAUUGAGGUGGAGCAGUUCCUAAAAGAUGAGCCCGAAAAAAACGGCGAGGUCGUAACUAACCCAGAAACCUGUGUGUGAGCACAGCACAAAACCCACACAGCGUUCAGAAGAGGGUCAAACAGAAUUUCAACACUAUUUAUUUUAGAAAUAGAACUAGCUUAGGGCUGGGCCGUCUGCUUUAUUAACUGGAGGCCGGUCAGCUCAUCAGGUCUCUCUGGAAGCUGAUUUACUAGACAACCUUUUAUCAGAAAAUUAGCUUUAUCAUUGAAAGGUGAAACGUUGUGGUUAUACUUUUUAUGUAAACAAAAAAGCUUUUCUGAACACAAGUAGAGUUUUGCCAUGCAUCACCAGAAACUGCUCACUUGGCAGAGAUUGAGGAAGGAUAUAUUACGUGUAUGUUUUCAGAUAAUACGGGUGAAAUUGCUGUGUUGUGUGGCUCAAUGUAAUUUCCCUUUCUGUGCUUUUUGGGAAGGGGAAAGAGUUUGAGAUGGACAAAAAUCUCAGGAACAUAAAGGUCUCCAUUAGGUCUUUGAAUUUCUUACUUUUUUUAGACUUUCAGAUUAAUUGGCUCAGCCCUAGUAUAAUUUUGAUAAUACCUGUUACUUUGGUUUAUGCAAAUGUAUUUCUAUGAGUUUUGUCUAAAGCUGUAGUCUUUGUAAUUGUCAUCUGGAAACACUGUACACAGAAAGGCACAUUGCAGGCACUGUCCUCAGCUGAUCACAGAAGCCCUGAUCCUAGGGAAUGCUAAAAGGAAAAUAAAAUGAGUAGAUUCAAUCCCGACAGACAAUAAACAAAGUUCAUCUCCAUUCAUAUACACUGCUCUCAGUUCAGCUUCUCUGCAACACUGAAAAAUAUUACAGGUAUCGUCCAGAAGAUGGACAGGAGGUUAGUAGAAUCUUCUGAAAGUGUAUCUGUUUUGUACAUAAAUGCUAAUUGUCCAGAUUACAUCUAUCAGACACGUGGCCAUUGGGUAACUUAGGGGGAAGGUUGGGACUACUUUGAAACAUGUUACUGUUACAUCUUUAAUGUGCAACAUUAGCAACACAAGAAAAACUUGGAUUGCUUCCUUUAAUGUUUAAUUUACCCCACUUCCCUCUGCUUUAUUGAUCUAUAGAGGUCCAGAGGGCCAUUGUGGUUGCUUAAGAUGAUGGAACUGCUGAUCACAUUUUUGAUGGCACUAAAUGAGAGCUCAUCAAGAGCUGGGCCUGCUCUGCUACCUGUUAGCUACACUAAGGCUCUGUGUAGUCCUUACAUCCUGCUUGACAUCAGAUGAGGGAAGGGGAAGUAAAUAGACCUGACAAGACAGGGGCAGCACAGCUGGAGAAAUGCAGGAAGGAAAAAGAUUCACUGUGAGGACUUCAAAUAGGAAAGGAAGGUAAAAGGAAGGCAUUCUCUAUUACAUGUAUAAAAAAAUAGAGCAUGUUGUCUAUACUAUGUUUUUUCCCCACAAACACAUUGAAAAUAUGUAAUAUUUUCUAUAAAAUGAUGCUAUUUCAACCCAGUUUUCAGAUACGUGUAUAAAAAGCCCUGUGGGAUUUAUGAGUGCAGUAACAAUCAAAAUAGGCUUAAUUGCAAUUUUCUAUUUCCUAUUUUCUUCUCAGUGGGGAGUCUAAGGCAGUAUACAAAAGAAUUAGUCGUCCCACAUGUGAUCAUUUUAGCAGAUACAGUACAACCAAGGAAGGGCCAAAACCACAACCCAUGGGAUUACUUUGGAAACCAGCUUCCACUCUGCUAACUCCUUCACAAUGGUUUUGCAUUGUUAGGACAAAUUUAAAUCUUAGGAACACCAUUUUAUUUUUUGGUAGCAAUUUUAAGCAGAAAUGGAUGCUGCACUCAAUAAAAUGUUUAUUUUUUAUAUUGGA